AUGGACACCGAUAUUGGAAGAUAUUUUACCUCCUCCCUUGUGGGUACGGUCAGAUUUCUCCAUUUCCUGCGGAUCAUGACCAACAGGGCUUGCGAGGACUUCGAAGCAUGGCAGAUCAUAGCGUACACUUUUGCCGUUUUGGGUACUACCUGUUGGCUAGUGAAUAUGUACUUUUCGAGGGAAGAAGUUGCAUCCCAGGUGAAAACUACGUUGUUCAAAUCUGCCAGGAAACUUCCUUGGGUUCAGCGUCAGAUCAGUCAACAGAUGAGUUAUGCACGUGAAUUUCUGACUGAAGAGAUCCAGCGAAACGAUCCGCUCGGCUACUUUAUCCAUCGACUGCCGGAUAUUGGAUUUUCUGAUAUUGUCAGAAAAUUCUGUUGGACGAAUCCACUUCACCCGGACUUGUUUCCAGGAGUUCGCAAGAUGGAAGCGGAAGUUGUUCGAAUGGUUUGUCAGCUGUACAACGGUGACCCGUUGCGUUCUUGUGGCACGGUUACUUCCGGGGGCUCGGAGUCGAUUCUCUUGGCAUGUCUCGCGUAUCGAAACCAAGCACGAGAAAAUGGUAUAAAAUGCCCUGAAAUGUUAGUGCCAGUAAGCGCUCAUGCCGCAUUCGACAAAGCGGCCGAACUGUUCGGCAUCAAAAUCCGCCAUGUGCCUCUUCAUCCGAAAACGCUAAAGGUGGACAUCCACGAAAUGCGCAAAAUGCUAAACAAGAACGUGUGCAUGGUAAAUUUUUAA